AACCAGAGAUCGGACUUGAAAAAGAUUUGUGGGGGUUGCGCGUCGUGUCUUCGCUUUGAGUUUGUGAUGGUUACAUUGUUUAAGAGCAAUGCUAGGGGCACUUGCCUCCUGCACUCUCCGGCCAACACUUUCUCUUUUAUUGGGCCACGUUAUUUUGGUUCCCAGAAGUUCCGCCUGAAAGUUUUAAAGAAGCUUACGUGGCCCAAUGCAAGGGGAAGUGUUGGCCGGAGAGUGCAAAAAGCGGGUGCCCCUAGCACUGCUCAUUGUUUAAUUUUCUCCUGUUUCGUUUACCGGUCAACGGAAAGCCGAACGCAACAAGGCUUUCCUCUUUCGUCUCACUCGGCAGUCGCCCGCCAGGAAAUAGACACCAUAUUGUAGGAUGGCUAAAACCAACUUUAGCCCCUCAUCAUAUAAAAUUGGUAAGUUUUAGUCUCUAACAUUAUAAUAUGACACUUUUAGCUCUUUACCUUAUAAAGUUAAUAGGUUUUA